ACAGUACCAGUGCGGACCACGCCCAGAUGUCUAUCUCCUGAUCGGGCCUCUCCCCUGAACUCCAGACUCACCUGCUCAGCCGCCUCCUGGACGUCUCCGCUUGGACGUCUCCUGAGCAUCUCAGACUUAAUCCAUCCUAACUAUUCCUGUUUUCUCCCUGAGACUUGCUCCUCCUCUGGUUGUUCCAACGAAGCACCUUAGGAGUCAUGCUUUUUCUUUCUCUCAUACCGCACAUCCAAGCUGUCAGGAAAUCCUGUUGGCUCCAUCAGUAAAAUAUCCAGAAUGUCAGCACUUCUCACCACUCCUUCCUACCAUCCCGGGCCUGCGCCUCCACCAGCUCUCUCCUGGAUUACAGCAGGAGCCUCACAAUUGCUCUUCUGCGUCUGCUCUAUCUCCCACUGUAUCCUCCACACAGCGGUCAGAGAGAGACUUUUAAAUUCAGUAGAAGUCUCUCUUCAAAUGAUCGCUGCGAUAAAACCCGGAUGUAGACGGCAAAUACAAGCACACCUGCUCUAGUUGAGUGCAAGCUCAGGGGCUCGGAGCCCCCCGGCCUGCAUCCCCGUGCUCCGGGAGGCCGCUGUGGAACCUCGAAGAGCCUCACGUCCCUGCAGACCAGUCUAGAAGCUCUGCCCCCUGCCCAGGACGAUGUCUGGAGAACUUCCGCUGAACAUCAACAUCAAGGAGCCUCGAUGGGAUCAAAGCACAUUUGUGGGACGAGCCAAUCAUUUCUUCACUGUAACUGAUCCCAGGAAUAUUUUGUUAACCAACGAACAACUAGAGAAUGCAAGAAAAAUAAUACAUGAUUACAGACAAGGAAUUGUUCCUCCAGGUCUUACAGAAAACGAAUUAUGGAGGGCAAAGUACAUCUACGAUUCUGCUUUUCAUCCUGACACUGGCGAGAAGAUGAUUUUGAUAGGAAGAAUGUCAGCCCAGGUGCCAAUGAACAUGACCAUCACAGGCUGUAUGAUGACAUUUUAUAGGACCACGCCGGCUGUGCUGUUCUGGCAGUGGAUUAACCAGUCCUUCAACGCCGUGGUCAAUUACACCAACAGAAGUGGAGACGCGCCCCUCACUGUAAAUGAAUUGGGAACGGCUUAUGUUUCUGCAACAACGGGUGCUGUGGCAACAGCUCUAGGACUCAAUGCAUUGACCAAGCACGUCUCACCACUCAUCGGACGUUUUGUUCCCUUUGCUGCGGUGGCUGCUGCUAAUUGCAUUAAUAUUCCAUUAAUGAGACAAAGGGAACUCAAAGUUGGCAUUCCUGUCACCGAUGAAAAUGGGAACCGCCUGGGCGAGUCGGCAAAUGCUGCCAAACAAGCCAUCGCACAGGUAGUCAUCUCCAGGAUUCUCAUGGCAGCCCCAGGCAUGGCUAUCCCUCCAUUUAUCAUGAACACUUUGGAAAAGAAAGCCUUUCUAAAGAGGUUCCCGUGGAUGAGCGCACCUAUUCAAGUUGGACUAGUUGGCUUCUGUUUGGUAUUUGCCACACCCCUGUGCUGCGCUUUGUUUCCUCAGAAAAGUUCCAUGUCUGUGACCAGCUUGGAGGCUGAGCUGCAAGCCAGGAUCCGAGAGACCUCCCCUGAAUUACGACGGGUCUACUUCAAUAAGGGAUUGUAGCUUAGGGAGAGCAGCUUGACAGCUCACCCGCCAACUGCGCACCUGGGCUCGCCACGCCGCAUGGGUGAGGAAAAUCCUGCUCAGCCCGGGUGCUCCCAGUUACAGAAACCUUUUAAAGAUCCGCGUUAGCCUUUUAGAGUCAAGCUGCUCCUUACAGCACAGCGCCUGGUGUGGGCCAGGUGCCCGACGCCUGUCGGCCCCCUUGCAUUUGAAUCACGGUAUAAUUUACAGAAAUACCCUUCCUGUAGCUUUUAUAGUAAUUGUUUUUCAAGACAACAUCCAAGUCCUCACCCAGAGUUUUAAAGAGCACGGCUAUGCAUAGAAUAGAUGUUCAGUGUAUGCUCAAUAAAUACUUAUUGAUUACCAGACCCUGAAAAGGAAAUCUGUUUAAAAUAUUGAAUUUUUAAUCCCAUUCUUGUUUCAAAUCAAGGAGAUCUCAGCACUGAUUUGGGAAAGCAUGAAAGCUCUGAGGCUCAGCUGUGAAAAAUGUCUCAUAAAUAUUAAGGGCAGUUUGCUUCCAGUUUGGGCAGCCGGCAGCCCGAGGUAGAUGAUGAGUUUUUGGGUCUGUAGGAUAACAGCUCCUUCACAGACCUCCCGAAGGUCACGGUGAUAGACAAGUGUAGCGAGCCGUCCCUGCUGUCAACGCCUGGAUGCUUUCAUGUUGCUGGGGGGUUCUUUGGUUGACUUUUAAAUUUAUUCUGUUUUACAUUCUUAUGAAGAUGUUAAUCCUACCUUGCACUUGUUGACUUUAUCAUCAAUUAUUUGCAUCAAAUAAUCGAAUAACUGAAAUGUACAAAUGUCAAGUUUUGGCAGAAUAUUCAAGACCAAUGCUGUGUGACGGGGUUGAAUCUGGUUGGUUUAAUUCUUUAGCAAUGAGAGCACGGUUCCAGCUCCUACCUGUCUUUUCUUGUCAAGCUUAUACAUCUCUUUGGCCUUCAGAAAGAUACAGAAACAAUGUGUUUGUGAAUCAGUGACUACAUGAAUUUUACUUGAAUGAUGUAUAUCACAUUCCAGCCUGUUUGAAAAUAACGAAUCCUUGGACCGCUGUUUACAUCAUCUGUAGUAGUUUCACAUAUGAUAUAUUUAAUGUACUAAAGAUUAUGUUUCGAGUCUGUAGGUGUUCAAAGGCAUACACAAGGUAGUGGUUGAGUGUAGACCACUCAAUUCAAUUUGUAAUUCAGAGACUUGUAAGUGAAAAAAGUGUAGAACCUAGUUUCGACAGAUUUUCCUGACAAUGUGACCAAACUGAAUUUCCUCAUAAAGAAAAAAUGGCGUGC